AGCGUCUGUUUCAGUAAAAAAUAUCGAUUUAACGUAAUGAGCGGAGUUCAACCAUUUCAGUUUGAACCCACGUAUCCUCCUGGCCAAGAACCAAUCGAUCUGGAGGAAGAAAGUGAGUCAGGUGAUACAAAUCAACGAGAUGCGAGAGGAAGAAUCGGCAGCACCGAAUGGUGCUCUUGUGGAGAAUGCGUGGCAAUGGCAACGGAGGAAGAGUGUUUUUGUUGCCAAGAACUGGCGGAACUGAAUCAAAAGUUCGAUGAAUCAGGUUUGUUUUUGUUUUAGGUCGCUUCUUUUCCCUCGAUGUAUACACUAAGAAUACUGAGAAGGACAUCGCGGUCAAAACGAUUAUUUAUUAUUUGUUUUUGUCUGUUAGGAGUUGGAUGUAUUACGGAGCACGCCAAAUUCAGGAUUGUUUGCCUUGAUACUGACGUGUUAAAUACUGCUCUAGUGGCAAUUCACAACAUACGCUGUAAUCCCUUGCCGGAUCUCAUUGAGAACAGGUGAGUUGUUGCUUUGUUUUUUUUUGUUUUUUUGGCCCGAAGGAUCGUACCACCAAGCAUGUACUCUGUAAAUAUUUUCUAUUUAUGCUUAUUUUGCUUUUUCAAUUUUCCUAGAACUUGGCGCUUAGCAGCUUAUCGCCAGUUUACAUGGUGGGCACAUGGCGCCUUAGGAAAGAAAAAUCGGCGAGUGAUUCCAGCGUGUGUUGUGAAAGCCAUUCGACACGAGUUUCCUGAUAAAACUGGACAAUAUGCCGGGUUCAAGGAAGCAGAACUCGAGCUAAGUUAG